GAGUGCGAGGAGCGACUCGCUCGAGUCUUGGCGCGCCGCGAGUGUGAUGAGCGCGAGGGCCGCGUCCAGCAGGGCCCGCCAUGAACGUGUUCCACAGCCUGGCCCACGAGGAGCUGCAGAUCAACUCGUCCGACGACCACCAGACGGUCGUCUCGUUCGACACCAACGCCGACUUCGGACUUGCCUUCUUCGACCAGCCGCAACAGUCGCCGCCGCCCGAGUCGCCUUCGAGCUCGGCGCCGUCCGUUUCCUCCACCGUCGGACACUUGGAGCAGCAGGGCCUCAAGUUGGUCUCCAGCACCACCUCUGCCAACACCAGCAACGCAGAACAACAGUUAUCAGCAGCUGCGGACUCGAGUCCGGCCAAAUCGUUCGUGCCGUGCAAAGUUUGCGGCGAUAAAGCAUCGGGCUACCACUACGGAGUGACAUCUUGCGAAGGAUGCAAGGGGUUCUUCAGGAGGAGCAUCCAAAAACAAAUUGAGUAUCGCUGUCUUCGCGACGGCAAAUGCCUGGUGAUAAGACUAAACAGGAAUCGCUGCCAGUACUGUAGAUUCAGGAAAUGUCUUGCUGUGGGAAUGUCCAGAGACUCCGUGCGCUACGGCCGGGUGCCGAAGCGGAGUCGCGAGCGCAGCGGCAGCGACGACUCGUCGACGGCGGUUUCCUCUCUGUCGCCGCCAACACCGACGACGCCAGUGACGCUGCAGCCGUUGGCCAUCGUCAAGCCCGACCCCGAAAGCAGCAGCAGUGGCAGCAACAGUCCGCCGGUCGUCCGGAGCAACUCAACGGACACGGCCUCGUCCUCUUCGCCGCCGCCCCUGCUCCUCACAGACUCCGUCUCGGAAGUCAUCCUUUCCGUCUCUCAGGCGUAUCACUUGCACUGGACCGACGAAAGCAACGCAAACCAACCUCUGAAGCCGCUUCUCAUCGUGGAAAGCAUGGAGAGUGGUGACGCCGAAGGCAAUCCGUCAAGUCCAACGUCAACGUGCAGUGAAGUGACCGUAAGGGCGGCGCUCUGGCAGCAGCUGGCCGACAUCAUCACCCCGAGCGUGCAGAAGGUGGUCGAAUUUGCCAAACGAAUACCAGGCUUUUCUUCGCUCAACCAAGACGACCAACUAAUUCUCAUCAAACUGGGCUUUCUGGAAGUGUGGCUAGCACACUGCGCGAGCAACCUGGCCCAAAGUGAGCAGACCCUGUGCUUCUCGGACGGAUCCUUUGCUUCGAGAUCGCAACUGGAGAUAAUUUACGACGUCGAAUUCGUCAACUCAUUAGUCUUGUUUUCCAACACGUUUAAUAACGCGGCGCCGAGCGCCACAGAAAUGGCCCUCCUGUUCUCGAUGAUUUUGCUUUCGCCUUCGAGGUGCGGCAUCACGGACAAGUGUUUGGUGCAGUCUCUUAGGGACAAACUGGCCGAGGCGCUCAAAUAUCAGGUGAUGCAGAAGAAUGGUGGUCAAGAGCGAGUGAACCAGCUCGUCGAGCUUCUCAAUGACCUCCACAGCCUAGGUGUAAAGCACACAGAGCACUUGUGCUGGCUGCGGCAGCACUGGAUGAAAAUCCAUCUGCCUCCGCUGUUUGCCGAGAUCUUCGACAUCCCGAAACUUGAAGACGACCUCUAGAGCGCGGUCAAUUACAAGUAUGUUCGUCACCGGUUCCGUUGCACCUUUAUUUUUUGUUGAGAUGUAUAUUUUUUGUUGAAAAUCAAUAAGUAAUUUAUGCUAUAUUGCCAUCAUGACAGAGCGAGGUUAAUUAAUUAUCGUUGUUGAUAUAUACUUUUUUACAAAAGUGUUUUUAAUUUAUAUAUUAUAAAGUCGCUCGUUUCAGGCAGAGGACUCGAGAUUGUUUAUUCAUAUUUAUACAUAUGGAUGUGGCAUUUUUUAUUACGCAUAUAUUUGGAUCAUGCAUAUGUAUUUACCCUCUGAAUGUGUUUCACUAUAAGGUGUUCGUUCGCUGAUAUUGUCAUUUCAGUGCUUGCAAAUCUUUAAUUCUUUUUAACUCCCCUUGAAAAUUCUCAAUCUACUUUCAGCGUUUUUUCUCGUUACAUUGUACAAUGCUUGAAAGUACCCUUUUCCUACAUAUCAAGACGGUUUGCGGUUUCCCAAGACUUUAUGCCAGGGUCCCCUUUAAUACUUGAACUUCUGUUGAUAUAUCAAAAGACAGAUAUAAAGCAGUUGAGGGGACUUUUCUGAAAAAUAUGACAGCUCACUGGACGACUGUGCGGAGGAAAAAAAAGGAAAUGGAAAAUUAUGCAAUAACACAAUGUGUAUCUUUAAGUGACGGGGUAUGUGUUUUAAUACGUCUUUAAGAAGGUGAAAAAGGAAAACGCGCUGUUUAAAAAUAUUGAUAUUAUGACUCUACAAUAGAGCUCUGUAAACUUAUGAUUAUCAGUAUGCACUACAAAGUACCUGCUAGUGAUUUUGAUUUGUCUAUUGCCUUUUCUACAAUCUUUUCUGUUCUGAAAUCGGUUUGCGGUAAAAAAAUUUAUUCCGUCAGACCCUCUUAAAUAACUCCCAAUAAUUAAUAUAAAAUAUUUGAAAUUUUAGGUUCAACUUAAAAAUUAAUGUAUUCCUUUUCAACUUGAUUACUUGCUAAUAAUUUCAAACAGGAGGGUCUUGCAGAGUUGCUUUGCGCGUGUGGGUGAUUUUAAAAUGACAUACGUUUAAUUUAUUUGCAAUUUUCUUCUGUGGAUGGCGCAAUUGACUCCCGUUGAUUUAAGAUUCAAAUGGAAAACGUUUUGAGUUUUAUGUGCUCUGUGAUUGCAUAUUGUGAAAUAGUGAGUAUUAUCUAUAGUGUAACUAAUAUAUAACUCAAUUCUUGAUUUAAAUCUAUCGGUUCGUCUCUCACUAUGUGCCUAUGAAAAUGUCAUACCUUGGGAAAGAAAAACUCAAAAAGUAUGUAAUAUGGUCGUUUCUGAAGAAAAAAAAUGAGAACAUAUCAAGAUAGGUAAUUAAAAAUUUCUAUGUGCAUGACUAACAAAGUGAAUAAGCUCUGGAGCUCCUUCAAAAAUUGUGGAAGUAAAAUCAACAAACACAAUCGCAUAAGAAAUUAAAUGUGAACUUCUGUGACUGGCGUGCAUUUGAGCGGUCUCUUUAUCACCUCUUUAUUGUUAAUUGUGUUCAGAUUCAAGAUCGUCGUGUUAAUUGGAAUGAAACCAAAUUAAAUUAUAGGACUCUAGGACUCAACAGUGAAGUAAUAAAUAGUUCAGAAGUUUCUCACAAAUAUUAUUGAAAGAGAAAAAAUACCAUUCCGAAAGAAUCCUCAAAUUUUGCUCACUUGCCCCUGUUGAAAAUUCUUAAAGUUGAAAAAUCGUGUUUUUCUAUGCCUACAGUGAUGUUGAAAAUAAUGUUUAUCUUUGUGUGUUAAAAUUUAAAUUUUGGCAUAAAUUCAAAUUUAAAAUUUUCUCCACAUUUUGAAGUUUGUCUUUUGGUGUAUAACAUUUUUCAUAAAUAUAAAUUGUGUUCAAAUGAUUGCUUUUAAAAGAUCUAACUUCGUCCGUAAUUGAUACAUGUAUAUUCCUUUUCCUUGCCGAUGUUGUCUGUUGCAAAUCUCAUUUUCAUAAGCAAAAAAAUAGACUAUAUAAAAUAUCAUCAUCAAUUUUUCCUUGAAUGGUUGUACAUUUGAUUAUAUAUUUAUUGUUGAUUAUUGUGUACUUAAAUGCAUUGCGCGCAUCAACUUUUAAAGUGGUAUAUAAAAGGAACUUUUAUCUCUAAUCAUAUAUUUGUACUUUAGACUGGUCGAAAAAGCACUGUGACGUCCAUUCAAGCAAUUCUGUAUACAUGCAAAAUAACCUCUCCUCGAAAAACUUUAAUGUUUUUACUUUGAAUCGAUUUCCAUGCAAGUUCCAAAAAAUGCAUACAAGUGUAGUAGAAAAAAGUAAAAAGAAAAAAAUAAUCUAAACCUCUAUACUUCUGCUGUGUGCUAGUGGCCUAAACGGACGGCAGACUUGUUUCCAGAAAAAAAGUACUUAGUCAAUCGUUGAUCAAAAUGCUUUCGCGUCGUGCGCUAUGAGAGUACAUACAUUAAUUGAGUAUAUGAUUAAUUAAUUAUCUGUUAAAUAUCUGAUAUCUAGUGCGAAAUUCUACUCAAACCUGGAUAGGAAACUAUAAAACAUAGUUAUGGCACAAAUGUUGUAGCACAAAAAUCAACGUAUUAAGAGGGAAAUUAAAGCAGAGUAUUAUUUAGCUAAAAAAAUGACAAA